CACAAAUAUCUAUUUCUAACACUUUUCUCUUUCCCACGCGUUCGUUCCUCUCAUUUGACACACCAAAAACAAAAUCAAUCAUGUCUUCUGAGAAACCUGCAUUUGCAUCCUCAUCGCAUGCACCAUCAGUCUCAAGUCCUGGGUGUCUCGAUAUCUUUCGAGCUAUCUUUAACAAUAGCAGCAACGAUAACACUGCCGACGAAAAGACGACGUCAGAGUUCCCUAGAGACUCCGCAAGCGACGAUGACGCCUCAACGCCAUUGAUACCGACGUAUGAGGGCCUUGAAGCACAGAUGAGGGAUCUUCUUGUCGAUCAGGAUAAUAACUCCGAACUUUUAGAACUUUGCAAGGGUAAUGAAUUUGCCAAAACCGUGUUCCAUGCUAUUGAAAAGGUUUCAAAGGAACUACGAGAGAUUAGCUUGAAGAUCCACGAGGAGCCAGAGUUAGCCUUUAAAGAGUAUAAAGCUCAUGCGCUUUUGACCGAUUAUUUGGAAAAGAAAGGAUUUAAGGUGGAACGAAAAGCUUUUGGUCUAGAUACUGCCUUUGUCGCUCGCGCUGGAAAGUCUGACAAGGUCACCAUCGGUUUUUGCUCUGAAUAUGAUGCAUUGCCUGGGAUUGGCCAUGGCUGCGGUCAUAAUUUAAUUGCAAUCGCUGGCGUGGCCGCUGCCAUCGGUGUCAAAGCCGCAAUUAAGAAAUUUGGCCUCCAUGCUCAGGUCAAGCUCUUUGGCACGCCUGCAGAGGAGACAACUGGAGGAAAGAUUGUAAUGUUGGAGAGGGGCGCAUUUAAAAAUGUUGAUGUUUGUAUGAUGCUUCAUGGAGCCAACGCAGAUUUAAGCUACCCAGCCUUUUUAGCUCUGGAUACAGCUGAAGUAGAGUUCUUCGGAAAGGCCUCUCACGCGUCAGCCACGCCAUGGGAAGGAGUGAAUGCACUGGAUGCUGCAAUCAUGACGUACACCAGUAUUGGACUGAUGCGCCAACAGCUGCAUCCCACGCAGCGUGUUCAUGGAAUCAUCAAAGAUGGUGGUAAGGCAGCCAACAUUAUCCCAGACUAUACGUUAUCUCAAUACACUGUGCGUGCGCUCAAGUACUCAGAAUUGAUGGUGUUGAAGAAGAGAGUUGAAGCUAUCUUCAACGCUGCAGCCAGGUCAACAGGAUGCACUGUUUCCAUCAAAUGGGGAGUCCCAUAUAAAGAUAUCUUGACAAACUCUGUUCUGACUCAAAAGUUUGAGCACUACAUGAAAGCGCAGGGCGCGAAAUAUCUACCAAAGGAGGAGCAAUUGAGGAAAGUGGGUGGAUCGACCGACAUGGGUAAUUUGACGUAUGCACUUCCAGGAAUACAUCCAGUGUUCAACAUUUUAAAUUUGGAAAGCAAGGAUGUGAACGUAGCACUACAUACCAGGGCGUUUGCAGAGGCCGCAAUGCAACCUAUAGCUCAUACUGCAACCCUUCGCGCCGCAAAAUGUUUGGCCAUGACAGGCGUUGAGUGUAUUUUAGAUCGCAAACUAUUGCAGAAAGUCAAGAAGGAAUUUGAGGAGAACAAGGAGAAGUAGAAAAAUGAAUAUAUAG